AUGUUGAUGGACCACACUACUUCUAGUCCUCUCAUCCCUCAACUUGAUAUGUCCGCCUCCGCCAACCCAAGUAAAAUAGCCAGCCAAGUAGCUUCUGGAUCAAGCGGUGUGGUCUACCCAGCUACCACUCAACAAUACAAUCAAAAGCUGGAAGAGGCAGCCCAAGUUAAAGCAAUGGCAGAGAAGACUUAUGGUCCUCCAUCAUAUCCCAUCCAUCGUGAUAGGAAAAUGCAACAAUACGUUGAUGGACCAGCAGGAACUACUCCAGAACAAAUGAAGCAAAUGUCAGACGCCGCUCAGAAAGACUUCAUGAGCGAUGACAACGGUAACAUAUUCCAUGACUACGCAUGGCCAAUAAGUAUGGCAGGAGUAGCUAUUGCAGCAUUAAUAGGUGGCCUUGUAUGGUUUACAAACUGCAGGGAUAGUCAUAAAGAAUCUGCCGCAGAGAGAGCGGCAACGGCAAGAGAUAUGGCAGUUGCGCGUGGUGGCAAGUAA